UUUUCAAAUGCGAUUGGUGUAAAUUGGUGUUGCUUCAGUCUCGACAAAGCCCCCUCCAACAAUCAUGACUUCGAGAAGAAAAUUUCAAGAACAGUUUAUUCAGAAUAUGCUGAAAAAUCACAAGAGUGAUUCAGAAAGACCGUGCCAUUUUUCGGCACUAGAAAUUACUUCUCUGCUUGAGCUGUUCAAUAAAUUUAGUGGAACUGCUGGACACAAACACAGACUUGAGAGAGUAAGAUUCAGAGAUGAACUUCACAAAAGCUUCCAGAUCACAGAUGAUUUUCUCAUGGACAGGAUUUUCAGAGCUUUUGACAAAGGCAGCAAAGGAUACUUGAGACCAGAAGACUUCAUCUGUGGACUCUCUACUCUUCUUGUGGGAAACUUGGAAGAUCAAAUGAAAUAUUGUUUUCAGGUUUAUGACCUUAAUUCUGAUGGCUACAUCUCCAGAGAGGAAAUGUUUCACUUGCUCAAGUCAACUCUUGUGAAGCAGUCCACAGAAGAGGACCCGGAUGAGGGAGUUAAAGACCUGGUGGAGACAGCUUUGAAAAAGCUGGACUGUGAUCACGAUGGUCGAGUGUCAUACCCAGACUUCAAACAGGCAGUUACUCAGGACACACUCAUGCUGGAAUGUCUGGGAACUUGUUUGCCAAAUGAUAAGUCAAAGAAAGCAUUUUUGCAGUUGAUCAGAGGAGAGGGAGGAUGUGAAAUGUGGCAGCGCUGAGCCCCUAUAAUCAAAGCCCUUGUGGUACAUCGUUGAUUGUUUUCAUUGUUAAUCUUCUCCUUGUUCAAUGUGCGGUGAUAUUUCUGUUACUUUAAACAUUGUAUGUGUAAUUUUGUGUAUAUUAUGAUGUUGUGGAAAUAUUAUUUUUCAUGGGAUGAAAAAUGUAUGAUUAUUAGGCAGUGUUCUGGACUAAAAAGACGCCUUACGGGUACUCCUAGUGACUGUAGUUGGUUUAUUCUUCAGAACUGGUUGGGUUUUUUUGUUCUAAGAGCCGAGAUUGAUUUUAAAUCAAAAUUGUAUACAAAAUUUGCUCUGGUAAGGUCAGUUGGCAAGUAUGUUUUGCCUGUUUACCUUCGUUUAGUUUUUUUCAUUCUUCAUAUAAUGGAAGAAUAAUUUCUCUUUGUAUUAUAGAAUUGAUGUAAGAAAAAGAGAGAUUUCAGAUUCAAUUUCACUGUUACUGUAUCUCACAUUUUUCCUUUUUACCUCAAAUAAUGAGAAUAUGGAAAUGGGUUCUUCCAAGAUGGACAAUCACUUUUAUUCAUAUUUCCUGAACUGCCAUUAAAGUAUCAAUGUCCUCAAAGGAAUUUGUUAUUGAAAUAAUGUAUAGAAUUACAUUUUUUUUUUUUAAGAAACAAAAGGAGAUACUGCACAGUUAUGUUUUUUGGUAAUGCAUUUGAUACCUUUUCAUUUGUUCAGGACAGAUUAUGGACUUGAAUAUAUAUAGCAGGUUAUAUGCUGAAUUGACCUUGUUAAGGAAAAAGUCUUUUUAAUUUGACUGCACCUAGUCUUGUUUCUUUGUCAUGGUUAUUACUAAGUAAUUGUUUUUCAAAAGUAUGUUAUUUUGAAAAUUAUGAAAGUAUUACCUAUAUAAUACAUGCUUACAAAGAAUAUUCCCUGCAUAUAAUAUAUUAUCUUAAAAAAUAUAAGGACCAAUGAGAGCGGAAGACAAAGUGUGUUAGUUCACAUGUAAUGAGAUAUCAAUUCCAUUGUUGAGAACAUUGAAAAGUUUUGUUUAUUUAUAAGUACAAUUGUGAUAUAUGUGUUGAAUACUUUUUAUGUCAAAAAAUAAAAGUUCUUUGCUGUUAGCUUGGUCUCUAAUCACAGUUUGCAAUGGAAAUCUCUAAGGAUAUUUCAGACAGCAUGUUAUUUUUGGCAUUUGCGGUACAGAGUUAAACGUUAUUUUGAUUUUUAUACAGCUGAAAUUUUAUUGUUGGUUUCAAGGAAUUGGUAAAUAUUAAUUCAAACUGUUUACCAUGGCUGUUCAUGACAACAUUUAAUUCAUACAGAAUUUUUGUCUAAAAGAGAGAUAACAGUGUAGUGUAAAUUAAAUUAUAAGCGAAACUGAGAAAAGUCAUACUGAAGUGGUAGAAUUUUUACAUGUCAGUUUGGGUAGGGAACAUUGUGAAGCACUUGUAGGCAUUGCCAUUCUAACUGUCAUUUGAUUACAUCCACUAUAAUAUUCAUGUUUGUGUUCCACCUUAUUCACACACUUCCAAGUCAUAUAUGUGAAAGUGAAUGAUGCAUGAAGUAGCAUAUUAUAUGAAUAUGGAUCUCUCUUUGAAACAAUUCAUUUUAUUUUUCAUGACAUGUACACAGAGUCGGUGAUUUCCUCAUAUGUCAUAUACAGUCAUUGUAUAUAUGAACGUUUUGAUUUUAUGAGUAUGAUAAUAAUUUACCUAUACUUUUACAAUAGGUACACAAAAGCCCUUUUCAGCAUUAUAAACAAGUCAGAACAUAUUAGGCUGGAUCAUUUCUCAUUUUCAAACAUCUUCCUUUCAAAAAUGAAUGUUAACAAAAUAUUUCUGUGCAAAGAACACAGAUUCAAGUCAGUUAACAAACAUGCACACAUCGUCUAAAAUCCAAAUCAAAGAACUGUCUGUUACUUAAUCUUAUUGUCAGUGAAUGCUUCCAAUUAUUAGAGUUUAUCAAUGACACUUAGUCACAUUUACUGAGUAUUUUUGCCUCGUCGUUCAUCCGCUUACAGUAUUCCGCUGACUUCCACCCAGAUAGCCAACAUAAAGAUUACUUACUUUUCCUGUCUCAUGUGAGAAUUUUGUUGCACCUGUAUUGACCAAUGUGUUUGUAAGUGUCUUUGCAUUUACUGGUUGUGUUGUUUUUUUGUUGCCAUAUCUGAUGGAAUACAUGAUCAAACAAGUAGUGAUGGAAUUGGGUUUUCACUGUUACUUUUAUGUUUCUCUUAUUUCCUGGGAUACAAAUUGCUUCUAUAUUGAUUGUUUGCUUAUGACUAUCUUUAAAUAUCCAAGAUGUUUUUACGAGGUAGCAUGAUAUUUGUGUUCAAUUUUUUAAAAAUAUAUCAAUGGGAAAGAUAAAAGUCAGCAUAAUGCCAUUCUUGCUUUAAUUUUGUCUUUUUUCCAGUCUUCCCCUUCUUAUGGAAUUCAUUACUUUCUCACUGAGACAUUUCUUUACUACAUUUCUUUUUUUAAGCUAUUAUUAAAGGAGCCCCAGAAUUUUUACAUUUGUAUGGAAAGUUUAACAAAAGACUGCUAAAUAUAUCAUGAUCAUCUUGCCAAUAUGAUUGAUAUCAGUAUUUCACAUUUUAAGUUUGUCUCAAACCUUUUUUUGAGUUCAGUGCUCUCUGCUUGUUGUUAUUUUAAUUUUCUGAAAUGUUGUAUCUAGUCUUGUUUGUUCCCAAAAGUUUUUCAGUCACAUCUGUGAUGGUGAUGUUUCUUCAGUAUAUGAUGGGAUCUUUAACCAAAAAAUCAAUCAGAGCAGAAAAGGCUUGAAGAAUUAUAAUUAUGUCAUGAAAUGCUAAUUCGUGUAUCAUGUACACUAAAUUUCAUACAGAAGAUCGGAUUUAAUAGAUAGCAUUUAGAAGUUAAAGGUGAGUCGUCUAAAGCAAAAAAAAAAAGGAAAUACUCCUUUAGAUGACUGUAAUAUGUGUGACAAGAACUUUCAUGUACAGUAUAUCAUUUAUACUGAGUGAUAGUCCUUCUAAAUCUAUUAAUGUUGUUUUUAUGUAAAGCAGUUAUUUUUACACAAAUAUGCAUGUACAUGACAACUGACACCAAAUUUGUCAGAUACAUUGUGAAGAUGUGUUGGAUAGUGAACUUGUUGUAAUAAGUAAUCAGUCAACCUUUGAUUUUUUUUAAGCUCACUACUGUCAUGUCAUUUUCAUGUUACAAGUUGUCUCCCUACUGAUUCUAAAGAAAUAAAUAAAUGCUUGAUUCGUUACGGGUGGGGGUGUUCUACACCAAAAAAAAAGCGUUCCAUGUGUGAAAUUCAGCCGUAGUAUAUAUUUCUUGACAAAGAUAUUAUAGUGUUUAUGAUAUAUUAUUAUCAGGUUACUAGGGUUGUUCAUACCACAUGCUCAGUUCUGAUUUGUUUUGUUUUUUAUGACAAUAUUAUUCUUUGACACAAGCAGAGAUGACUGGUUUGUUCCUAACGAAUGAAGUCUAGUCCAUAUCAUGACAGAUGAUUCAGAGGUUUUUGGACUGCAGGCUGUUCACAAUCAUGCAUUUGUUCGAAUGGACACCAACACAACGUGCAUUUGGUAGAAUCAACAUUUGGUCUUUUGAAUUGCAGUUGUUACUUUUUGGUUUUGUACAUUUUUACUGCUUUAUAAAAUAGUAAUAAUUGAACUUCAAAGAAAGAUAAAGUAAUUUGCUUAUGAAUCAGUUGUAUUUCAAUGAAAUAUGUAAGCUUCAGUCUUGUGUGAGUUGAACUGACCAAAAUAUUGACACUUCUUUUAUAGGGGGCAUUCAGCGAUGCCUAGUAAUAAUGGUUCUUGAAAAGAAUGACCUCUGAUUUGACCCACCUAGGACACAUUGUUAAGGUCAAUAGGUCCUGCCAAUAAUGCCAUAGAAUGAGAGAGUGGAUUGAAGAUUUAGCUUCCUUCUUUUCUGUGAAAUUUGCAUCUGAAGCCACUCUUUGGCUUUAUAUAGAUUCACUGCAUUUCUUACAUUCCUAUUUUAAAAGUGGUUACAACUGAUUUUUCUUUUCCUGUACAGUUAUGCUUGCAUUAAUGCAACAUAUUUUUCUAUUUCAUCUGAAAAUUUGUAAGCUGAAUGUCUGUUUUAUCAAAUGUCUGCCUUUGAAAUGUCCACCUGCUAAAUGCCAAUAGGCCAGCGACCAGGAGUGGACUGCAUUUAAUAAAGUCUCAAAACAAUGACAACAUGAUUAUAUAAGAAAAUGGAGUUUCAGGUAACAGCUGUGUUGAGCCCAAAUUGAAUUAUUGUACAUGUUCAAGACUGCACCAGCAUUUCUCAUAAGUCUGCAAUACUUUUGGACAGCCACUUGUUUUCAUUUUGAAUGAUUGUUUUUUUUGUUGUUGUUUUUCUUUUGAUUUUAAGAACAGCCGAAUGCAUUUAUUUAGAGAGGUUUGAAAAUGUACAAGGGAACUGCACAGAGCUGCUUUACACUACCACACCCUAUUACUGUUAUCAAGCCUUGUGAUAUUUAUACACUGGUUUUGGGAUUUAGGAUUUUAUUCCUCCGAGUGUGAGACAAAACUUUAUAUUUUAUAUUGAUAUAGCAUGACUGUUUUGCUCAUAUAAUAAAAAUUCCAGAAUCAA